GUAUAAUUUUAUCAACCUUUAGAUAAGUGUAGUUCAGUCCUUGUAAGGUACUUUUAAUACUAUACUGUUUGGUUGCUAAUUAAAAGUAUAUAAAACAAAAAUGACAGAAAUAAAAAUUACAACAAUGGACACGGAAUUGGAAUUUGCAGUUCCACCAAAAACAAAGGGUCGUGACCUUUUCAUGCAAAUUAGCCGCAACUUGGGCUUACGAGAAACUUGGUUUUUUGGUUUAAUGUACAGAGGUCCCAACAACGAGCAAAUUUGGUUUGAUAGUUCCAAAAAGAGCGUUGCCGACAUCAAAUUCAGUGCACGCAAUCUUAAAUACCGUGUAAAAUACUAUCCGGAGGAUAUUGGGCUAGAGCUAAUCGAAGAUACUACGAUUCGUUAUUUUUAUUUGCAAGUGAGAUCAACAAUACUCUCGGAUGAAAUAUAUUGUCCACCAGAAACGUCCGUCUUACUUGCUUCAUAUGCAGCUCAGGAGAGACACGGGGAUUACAACCCAAAAGUACAUCAGAAUGGCAUUUUCAAAAAAGAAAAGCUCUUACCUGAAAGGGUCUUUCAACAACAUACUAUGUCACGAGAACUAUGGGAAGAGAGUGUCUUAAAAAUGUGGCAAAAACACACUGGUAUGCUAACAGAAGAUGCAAUGACGGAAUAUCUCAAGCUUGCACAGAACCUCGAGAUGUUUGGAGUGUCAUAUUUUGAAAUUUUUAAUAAAAAGGGAACUCAGUUGCUUUUAGGGGUCAGCGCCUUGGGACUAAAUAUUUACAAAGUGGAAGAUAGAUUAAAUCCGAUUAUUGCUUUUCCAUGGUCAGAAAUUAGCAACAUAAAUUUUAAGGGAAUCAAAUUUACCAUAAGACCUACCGACAGGGAGUCUAAGAUGUUUGUUUUCUUCGCAAAUGAUGCGUUUGUUAACAAGCACAUUUUAAAUUUAAGCAUAGGCAAUCACUCGAUGUAUGUAAGACGAAGAAAGAAGGAUAGUCUUGAGGUUCAACAGAUGAAAGCUAAAGCGACAGAGCAACGGAAAUUUAAGUUAGAGCAAAGAUCAAAAUUAUUACACGAAAUGUUAGCGAGAGAACAGGCGGAGAAGCGCGAAAAUGACUAUCAAAAGCAAAUUCAAGUAUUAAAAGAGGAGAUCGAGCGUCGUGACGCAAGUUUAAUGGAGGCGCAGCGUACAAUACAACAGUUGCAAGACCAGCUUCGUGAGCUACAAAUCGCCAAGGAGAAACUCGAGUUGCAACAAAACGAAUUGAGGGACAUGAUGGAAAGAUUGACCCACAGUAGAAAUUUGGAAGAAGAGGAAAGGCGAAAAUUAGAAGAGGAAAUUAAAUUAAAACAGGCACAGGUGCAAAAAAUCCAGGAUGAAGUUGAGGCAAGAAACGCAGAGACGCGAUUGCUGCAGCAAAAAAUUGAAGAGGCGAACAGAAGAGAAGAGCAAAUGAGAGCGGAGCAAGAAGCUCUCAACCUUCAAAAUGAGCGUAAUAAGGAGGAGUUGGAGACUGUUCCCGAUGGAACCAACGUGGAACUACCUUCCUUGGUAGAAAUUAAUGAACAAUUGAAAGAUGACUUGAUGUUACUCCAACAACAACUCGAGCAAACCAGACUUGAAAGUAAGCAAACAGAGUUGGAUAAAAUUCAUAGAGAAAAUGUUGCUAGUGGUCGGGACAAGUAUAAGACUCUUAACGCAAUUCGUAAGGGCAAUACAGUGCGACGGGUGGACAUGUUUGAAAAUAUGUAGAAAUAUAUAGCAGAUAAUGCAAGUGGAAGAUAUUACAUAACUUUUUUAUAAUUAUACA